GUAGCGUCAACUCACGGGCCGGCUAUGGAUUAACCUUAGUAAACCGUUAACCGCUUAAAGGAUUUUAUGAAAAGUACUGCCGAUGUACCAUCAAAAACUAUACGGACUGCAGUCAGUUCUUUUAAGUUUUUUUUCGAGUUUUCAAAUGGAUUUUACUCUCUCAUCUGUAGUAUAGGACCAUGAGGUUUCGGGGACGCGGAAGUACUUUGCGCGUUAUGGAUACAGGUUAUACAUUCCUCCUCUUCUUGACUAUUAUUGGUGUGCAGUGUGUCCUAGCUAUGAUAAAUUUAGAUGAAUGUAACCUACCUCUAGGCAUGGAGUCUGGUGACAUCCCAGACGAAGCAAUAUCGGCAAGCUCAACCUACGAUGCCAAGUCAGUCAGCGGAAAAUUCGGCAGGGUCCGUCAAGACACGGCUGGAGGGGCCUGGUGUCCUAAAAAUAUCAUCUACCAAGAUGUGUAUGAAUAUUUACAAGUCGAAUUUUCUCAACUAGUUCUUAUCACAAAAGUGGAAACCCAAGGAAGAAAUGGGCAGGGUCAUGGCAAAGAAUAUGCUGAACAAUACUUAUUGGAAUACCAGAGAGAUAACCUCACUGAUUGGAAACGAUACAAAAGCAGAAAGGGCAGAGAGAUGCUGAAUGGUAACUGGGACACAGACACGGCAGUGGGUCGUGAGUUAGACCCGGCCAUCAUUGCCAAGAGGGUGCGAGUCGUGCCCUACAGCAGAUACCACAGAACCGUGUGCAUGAGGGUGGAAUUCCAUGGCUGCAACUGGACUGAGGGCUUGGUUUCCUACAAUAUGCAACAAGGCAGCCGCUUCUCAGAUGACAUAGACUUCAUAGACUACACAUACGACGGUCAAUCCGAUUUAAAAAUGCUGAGUAAUGGUCUCGGCCAGCUCACAGACUUUCUCGUAGGAACGUACAGGAUCACGGCAUUCUCGGGUUAUGAUAAAAAAGGAUACCCUUGGGUCGGCUGGAAGAAACGAAAUAAAAACGAAAAUGGACCUAGGGAGAUUUUAUUCACGUUUGACGCCUAUAGACGUUUCUUUAAUAUGUCUAUACACUGUAACAGCAGAGAACGGAAAGGAGUAAAAAUAUUUAAGAAGGCCGUAAUAUAUUUCAGUUUGGACGGCACAAAAUGGAUAGGAAAACCAGUGGAGUUCCGACCUUUGACCUUUAAACGUAAUUACGCCACCUGGAUUGGCAUACCGCUGUAUAACAGAGCUGCCAAAUAUCUCAAGGUCAACUUAUAUUUCCACGAGGACAGUCGGUGGAUGCUCAUCAGCGAAGUUUCAUUUUGGUCAGAGCUUCUUGACGAUAAUUCAUCCAUCAUUCUCUCCGACGUCGACACGGAAUGGGAAGAAGAAAAAGAAAAAGAAGUAUCUGCAAAAGAGAAGCCAGAAUCUAAAUCAGGGCCUGACGGGCCCGAUGAUUCAAAUUCACAAACACUCAAUAGUGACGUUACAAAGGACAAUACCAAAGCUCCCCCUGCAACCACCAUAUCGACGACAACAGAACGCAGGCGAAUAGUGAUACACCACAAGCCGCGAGCGCCGCGGACAACAACAGCAAAAUACUUUAGCCCGACGCUAGGGGGCGUUGCUUAUGAAAGCAGAGACUCAGAUACUGUCAGUAAAGCCCCGUCAAGCGGCGGAUCUCAAAAUAUGGUGUUGAUAGUUUCUGUUUGUGUUUUUGUAGAUUUAUUUCGCCGAGUGUGAAGGGGUCACUCGCAAGUUAUUGGAGGCUCAUAAAAUAAUAUACUGUGGUCUGAAAUGGUGGCAGUGCAUUAGAGGUAUCCAUGCAUGGUCAAAAAUGGGGCAGCAUUGUGCUGGUAAAGCAACUACAUGUAUGUUCAUCUUUGGUUAACCCACCCCUUAUCCGGCAUAUCGCACUUAAUACUUGACACCUCUUAGUGAACAGUCCAAGUUUGACUAUUUUGCUGAAAAUGUCUUUCAUACAUGCUGCACUUCGUAAUAUGAGACGACUGAUCGAAACUGCCAUCUCUUUUGAGUGGCAAAAGCGGUCAUAUUUACAGCUUUCAGCAAAAGCGGCAUGACGUACUUGCAGACAGUGGGCUUAACGUGUACAUGCUACGACGAAGCGGGACGAUUCCACAGAAUCAAAAAAAAUUCGCUGCUCGCCUUAGAUUUCCUUUCGUCGACAUAACCGCUGGGCAAAAGUACCAAAAAGUGGAAUGACCAUGUUCUACAAAGGGAAUUACUCUGCACAUUUGCCCAAAGUGGAAAAUAUUUUAUAAAUGUGGGGCUUUUUGCAGAUUUCGCUCAUUCUGUUAAUUACCAUCAUUCUAGAUAGUGACUGUUUCAGUAAUGAAGUAUUUCAUCGUGUAUCGGGGCUGCCAUCUAUUAGGCCCGCGUCACGACCCGACACUUCGCCGCCUUCGGAAAUAUCAAUACUGUAUAUAAUGAUAUAAAGAUAGAUAGCGUUAGAGUAGAACUAGAUCUAUCUGAACUUGCGUUGACGAUUGUUGAUCAGGAUCUUGUACAAUGAAAAUUAAACAGUCAACGUUGUCAGGGUAUACUAUGUGGUAAACGACAGCUGUAAGAUAGUAAUGUCCGGAUCGACACAGUCAAAAAGAAUUCGUCUCUUCAAGAAUUCUCGGUCUCAAAGCUGUUAAGAAUUUCUGUAGAGUUGGUCAAACUUGAUUGAUUGGCAUCAUGAUGCAAUUUGUCAGUGUAGUGACCAGAAAAAGGGACCCGAGCCCAGUUGCUCAAUCGGUGUUCGAGACAAACGCCAGUAUCAAUUAAGCGUCAUCUCCUUCAGUAAAUUCAAUCUGCAAUAUUAGCUUAGGACUUAACAUAACUUUACUGAAAACGCUGAUUGAGCAACUCGACACCGAGAACUCCGUUGUAUAUCAGACUUUUCACGAUCAAGCACGAGAAAUCUCAGAAAAAUGUUCGCUUUCUUGAUUUAUAUGGUUACCAACUCGGACAGCAGAAACAAGCUGGUCUGCAGCAGUGAUCAAAACAUGUCCGAGAUUGUGGUUUCUCUUCAUUGCUGUCACUGGUGUCAAUCAAUCACAUGAUGUACACCAACCACGUCAACCUAAGGACAGAUAGACUAAUUCAUACAGCAAUGUUCAACUAUUUUUGUAUCUAAUUGACUUGAAGUGCAUUAAUUGUUUGUUAGACUAGCAUGCAGAGAUAGUGAGUCUAAAAUAGUGUUUCAAUAUGAAUCCAAUGUAAUGGUAAAAUACCAUGAAUUGAAUAAGUAUACGGUACCUGGCAACUGAAUUUAUACCAAAACAACUAAUGAGGUUGAAAAAUGGAUCAGAGGCACACACGAACCAUUCAGAGCUUUAAUUACUAGAACAUUAUCAUAGUGAAUCUAAGAUUAAUUUUGGGACACCCUCUAGUAUCGUUUAGAAAAAAAAAUCGAUUAUUUCGCUUCAUGUUCUACGUCUCAUCGUGACAAUUAAAUGCCAUCCAGUUUUAAA